AUGGCAAAAACAAUGACCUUCCUCUUUAUCUUGCCGUUGCUGGCAACCUCUGCUUUUGCUCAAACUCCCUCCACUUCCCCCGCCGCCACUCCCGACGCUUCUCCGCCAGACGCCUCAGUCCCACAAGCUUCAUCCCCCACCGCCACCGGCGCUUCUUCCCCCACCUUACCCGGCGCCUCUCCUUCCACUGCCCCCGACGCCUCUCCUACCACCGCCCCUGACGCUUUUCCUUCCACCGCCCCCGACGCUUCUCCUUCCACUGCCCCCGACGCCUCUCCUUCCACCGCCCCCGAAGGCUCUCCUGGCACCGCCCCCGACGCCUCUUCUCCCACCGCCACCUCACCCACUACCUCCGACGCCCCCGGCGCCUCUCCGCUCUCUUCUCCGCCGUCCCCAACUGCUUCCUCCCCCUCCGAAUCCCCGACCGGAUCCACCACCGCCUCCUCCGACUCUCCAACCAGCUCUCCCCCCUCUCCCGACGUCGCCUCCGACUCCGACUCUCCCAUCGCCUCCAGUCCCUCCUUCCUCGGCGACGGACCUUCCGAAGGUCCCUCUGCUCUCGCUCCCGAAAGCCGCGCCCACCCCCCUAGAUUCUCGGCAGCCAGAGCCGUAUCCGCCGCCUCAUUCGCCGCCGUGGCCGCGUUCAUGAUGUAG